GAGAGCCCAGUUGUCCAAAAACCAGUCAAAGCAGAGCCUGAUGGAGAACUCCGCUUUGCGAGAGCUUAGAUUUGAAGAUUCCUACAAUAUUAGCUCUAAUGUGGUUCGAGAGAAUGUCAGAAACAAGGCCCAAAAGAAACCUGAAGAGUCUGAGGCAGAGAAACUUCUGAAAAGAUUGAAAUCUUUGUGA